AUGGCGCAGCAGGUUGCCGCCGCGGCGCCGGCGCCGGCGCCGGCGACGGUGCUCGACGGCGAGGAGAAGCCCAUGAGCGAGCAGGACGUGAUCCGCAUCUUCAAGGGCUUCAAGCGGGACUCGCAGAUGAUCAUCUCGAAGAUCUCCGAGCUCGAGUACGAGAUCGGCGAGCACGAGCUCGUCAUGGCGAACGUGUCGAGCCUCGCGCCCGAGCGCACGGCGUACCGCCUCGUCGGCGGCGUGCUCGUGAAGACGACCAUCGCCGAGACGACGCCCAAGGUCGAGACGAACAUGGCCAACAUCCGCGCGACCAUCGACCAGCUGAAGAAGGCGCUCGAGAACGUCAACGAGAAGUCGAAGGCGUGGAAGGAGAAGUACGGCAUCAAGACGCAGCAGGAGUUAGAUUUCGAUCGCGCGGCGCAGGCCGCCGGCGGCCCCGCCGCGCCCGCGGCCAUGGGCGUCCUCGCGUAG